AUGGCGAAUCUCGCUAAUACCAUGGAAGCAAAUGCUGUUGCAACUCUGCAAGCUAUGCAGAGAUUGGGCCAACCGGCCGGGAACGGAAAUGGCAACGGGAAUGGCAAAGGAAAUGCCAAUGAUAAUACUGAGGGUAACGGCGAUAACACAGGAGGAAUUUUGAUGACAUUGGCGGCGUUUCUCAAGGUUCAUCCGCCAACUUUCCGAGGAUCCACAAAUCCUACUGAAGCGGAACACUGGUUCCAGGCUAUAGAGCAGUUCGCCGCUUAUCAGCUAGCGGGAGAGGUCCAGCCCUGGUGGCAAGCUGAGUGUCGUUUGCUACAGCUUCAAAAUGCCGACAUUCCAUGGGAGGUGUUCCAAACGGCUUUCUAUAAGAAAUACUUCCCUGAGUCUACAAGGGAAGCAAAAGAGAUGGAGCUAAUGCAGAUGAAGCAAGGUUCCAUGUCUGUGGCUGAGUACACCAACAAGUUCGAAGAACUUUGUAGGUUUUCUCGGGUGUGUCAGGGUGACCCGGAGACUUAUGAGAGCUGGAGAUGCGUUAAGUACCAGAGGGAUUUGAAGGACAACAUUAUGACUGCUGUGGCUUCUAUGGAGAUCCGUGUCUUCUCUGACUUGGUGAAUAAGGCUAGAGUAGUGGAGGAGUAUGCCAAGACCGUGGCGGCAUCUAAGAACACUCAUGGAGGGAGCUCUAGUCGGGGGCGUGGCAAGUAUUUCCAUCCUAGAGGACCAAGCUUCAAAAGAGUAGGAUAUGCGCCUCAAGGCCAAGGGGGCUUCAGAAAGAACAAUCAGAAUCAGUUUCAGUAUGCUAGGGAAAGAGGAAAUCAGAGUAAGGAUUCUCUGGAUUUAGCUUGUAAUCGUUCUGGACGUUUUCAUCCUUAUGACUCAUGCAAGAUUGGUUUAGGUGGUUGCUUCAAGUGUGGGUUGACUGGCCACAUUGCGAAGGAUUUGCCCUCGUUGGAGAAAUCAGAAUGCGGGCCAAAGUCAGCAUCAAGGUUGAGUCUUUGCUGUGAAUGCCAAGGAUGCUUCCAAGGCGGAUCCGUUGAUGAGAGAGCUUCGCAUUCGUUCAUUUCAUUUGCUAAAGUUGAGGAAUUAGGCUUGAAAGCGUUAGAGUUACCUUUUUAUCUGCAUGUACAUACUCUGCAUCAAACAGUUAUGAGUAGGUCAGGUUGUAGACAAGUAGGUUUCAAGCUUGAGGGUAGAGAUUUUGUGCACGAUUUGACCUGUUUACUAAUGGUGGGACUUGAAGUGAUUUUGGGGUUUGAUUGGUUGUCGAAGAACCGGGUUCUGUUGGAUUGCUUUGAACGAACAAUUCGGUUUAUGCCAGAAGGAGAGAAUGGGGCAGUGGUAGUUACGGGGUAUUACCUGAACUCGGUAAUGGUGCAUUGUAGUGGGGAGGAGUAUCAAGGUUAUAUUUUUUUGGCUGCAAAUACGUUGGGUGAUGCCCAGAACUUAGAUCAGAUACUUGUGGUUAAAAAUUUUCUAGAAGUGUUCCCAGAAGAUAUCCCGGAGUUCCCACCUCAAAGGAAAAUUGAAUUUGCGAUCAAAUUGGUGCCGGGAGCUGGACCAGUGUCGAUUGCGCCAUAUAGAAUGGCUCCGAUAGAGCUGGCAGAGUUAAAGACUAAGUUGGAAGAGAUUCUAAAUAAGAGGUUUAUUCGACCGAGUGUAUCAUCAUGGGGAGCGCCAGUUUUAUUGGUAAAGAAGAAGAAUGGAGGAAUGCGUUUGUGUGUGGAUUACCGACAGUUAAAUAAAGUAACAGUGAAGAACAAGUACCCACUGCCAAGAGUAGAUGACUUGAUGGAUCAAUUGCAAGGAGCUGGAGUGUUUUCCAAGAUUGAUUUAAGAUCCGGUUACCACCAAAUCAGAGUGAAAGAGGAUGAUAUCCCUAAGACGGCGUUUAGGACACGCUAUGGACACUACGAGUUUGCGAUAUGA